AUGGCAGACGAACAACAAGAGGCUACCGGUACCGGUACCAGUAGGGCCGUUGACGAUACCAACACAACUUUAAAAGACGUCGCUGCUGAAUCAUCAUCAUCAUCAUCAGUAGUAGUCACUGCCCCAUCUUCUUCUUCUUCCUCCUCCUCCUUGGCGCCAUCUCGCGUCUCGGCCCGUGCUUCCGGUCGUUCCCAAGCGGCCUUGGAGGAAAAGAGGUCCUUGGCGAAUCCCCGUACCACUCCACGCACCUCUGUGGAAACUCGAUUGUUGUCCACCAAUCAUGGCAACCACCACCAUACCAAUCAUCGAGUCCGAGCGAAACUGGAACAGGCAGCCGCAACGUCCGACACGACCAAGAAGGAAACAACGGCAACAAACACCACAAACACCACAACCGCCGAAGAUGCUUCCACCACCACCGCAGCAACCAAAACAACAACAACAUCAUCAUCACCAUCCUCCACGUCUCGAGUCUCGGCCCGUGCUUCGGUUCGUUCUCAAGCCGCCUUGGACGAAAAGAUGUCAUUGAUGAGUCCUAGAACUGCUCCUCGCACGUCGGUCGAAAGUCGAUUGUCGAAUGGUAACAACAACAACAACAACAACAACAGCAACAAUAUUCAUCAGAAUCAUCAUGGUCGAGUCCGGGACAAAACGAUUCUUGGUACUAAUAGUCCCACAGUACGACAAUUGGAACCCUCGGCCAAUCGACCAAGUACGUCUCGACAGGCAUUGGAAGAGAAAAUGAGAGAAUUGGAGGCACGCCAGGCAACGGAAGAUCAUAAUGAUAAUGAUAAUGAUGAAGAUAAUGAUAAUGAUGCUAUUCAGGAGGAAGACGACGAACGACCGGGAGCUGUACGAGUGUCGUAUCAAACUCCAAAUGAGGAUGCAACUACGACGACGACGACCAUACAACAACAACAACAACAACAAUCUCCAACGAAUGAUACCCCCAAUAACACCAUGGAAGUGACGGCGACCAGUGUCGAGGAAGAUGAAGAAUUGCAAGAAUUACGACAACGUGUUUUGGAUUUGGAACAACAAAAUACAAAUGAUCGAGAACAAUCCAAGGAUGCUGCUAGAACAACAACAGCAACAACAACAACAACAGCAACAGCAACAACAACGUCAUCGCCACCCAGUGAUAUUCCAGUGGCCAUGGUUGCCAACGAUUAUGAUAACAAGUGUUGUUCGCAAAAACGUAUUUUGAUGUAUUCCAUCAUUGCCAUUGUCUUGCUCGUCGGAAUCAUUUUGGGUGUCACCCUUAUUGGUGGUAAACGUGACGGCAAUACUACUGUCGUGAUGGUGGCACCCACGGCGUCUCCCACCACGUUGGCGGCGCCCACAAUGUCGCAGCAACCCAGUUUGGAGCCGUCCCACACUCCCUCGAUCGUACCCACCAGCGCCAGACGGAUCGAUUUGGAGGCCAUGCUCACAAAUGAUUUUUUUGCACCGCUUCAUCCACGGGCCAUGGAAUGGUUGGCGGAAGAAGAUACCUGGGAACCACCUCUGUCUCUCGACCCGGAUUUGGCACUGCAAGUGUGGAAGGAACGGUAUGUCAUGACGGUCUUCUUUUAUGAUACCAACGGCGAUACGGACUGGGCCUGGGCGGAAGAAUGGUUGUUGUCGGAUCGUGCCGCUUGUGGAUGGUGGGGUGGAGUUUGCAAUGACUGGUUGACGGCAGAUUUAUGGAUUGCCAACAAUGACAUUUCGGGAACCAUCCCGACCUUGAUUGGGCAAUUGACCAAAAUUCGGAGACUGAAUCUACGCAUCAAUGGAUUCAAAAGUACCAUCCCUACCGAACUUGGUCUUCUCACGGAGCUUACCAGCCUGAACCUUUUUGAUUGCGUGGUCUCUGGGACCAUUCCAUCCACACUUGGAAAUUUGAGUGAUCUACGUGAGCUCUAUCUCGAUAACAAUCGAUUGGUGGGGAGUUUGCCAACGGAAUUUGGGAAUCUUACGAGCUUGGAGAAGUUGUAUCUGGCCGGCAAUGGUCUAACUGGACCUAUUCCGACCUCCAUCGGAAGGUUGACAAAUCUUGAAAACCUUAAUUUUGAUAUCAACAAAUUCACAAGCAUCCCAACGGAAAUUGGUGCUCUCACCGCUGUCAGGGAGCUUGCCAUUUCCGAAAACGAACUCCAAGGUUUCAUACCCUCCGAGAUUGGUUUGAUGUCUUCCCUCACGUCCUUGGACUUGUAUAAUAACGCUUUGGAAGGAUCGAUUCCUGUCGAAGUCGGCAACUUGACGACCCUCAGAAGCAUCGGAUUGUACGGAAACUUGUUGACUGGGGACGUGCCUUUCUUUGCAGGAAAUGCCAGCAUUUGGUUUUGUGAAUUGUGGGACAAUGCAUUCAACGACACGUCGAAAGGAGAACUGGUGGGAUGCAAUUUCAACACUCCCGAACCAUGA